UCACGUGACAUGCUGUGUGAAAGGCGCGGUGUACAACAGAGAAGGCCUGGCGUUUCUUGACGUUGUCACAUUAUUCAGGAUAGCAUAGGCACGCAGUGUCACCAUCAUGUCGACUGGAGUGAGGAUAGCACAUUGGGUCGUCUCGGGACUUGCAAUAGUAUCGGGUAUUGCCUUGGCUCUCAUUAUCUACUUCUUCAAUGACAUGAUCGAACGGGCGAACUAUCAGGCCCGUGAACACGAUGUCACACCGUACAGCUUCAAUGGGUAUGCUGGGUAUGCUGACGACCCUGUCUACAUCCUAGGCGUGGUGUACCUUAUUUCCGGUGUGAUUGGUGUCAUAGCAGCAUGUAUAAAUGCGAAGACGUUUUUCAUGGUUGAAAUGAUGGUAGGCAUCAUCACGCUGCUCGUCAUGGGGGGUAUAUUCAUCGCCAGUAUGAUCGUCGCCAAAGCAUUCAGACCAAUAAACAUGAGUUUCUGUCAAAGCUUUGGGCGCUCAUGUGUAUGCAGCCAAGUUAUUCCUAACAACUGGCAUUAUCCUUGCGAGGACUUGAACGUGUUGUACGACAUGGCUGUCAGCAUUGAGGCUAUGAUUGUUCUUGGAUGGGUCUGUACCUUCGUGGCCACCAUCAUCAGCGGGAGGGAGGCCUUUGGGAAAAAGGAUGCCGGGGAUUCUUCAGAUAUGCAGAUGACAAGGAGUAGGUCGAAUCAAAUAUGAUAUGCCUCACCUUGAGAAAUGUCAUACAGUUGGAGUGCCAUCUUCCGAACAGUCGUAUAGAUGGAGCAUCACCUUGACAACACCCAUGCAGUUGGAUAUCUACGGGUCUCGUGUGGUCAAAAGAAAAUUUCCAGCGAAUGUUCACGGUUUGAACACAAACUGACUGAGACAACCUGAAACAUUGCCCAUGAUAUGUUCUGACAACCUACUGUUGUUACACGGGACUUGAAUGUCAGACACUUAGACGUACAUAAUAUAUAUAUUUCUAAGAUGCUUUGCUAAAAGAUCAAAGGCACCGUUUGUACGUUAUCCUGCGAUAUAGUACCCUUUUUAGUUAUAUAUACGUUCAUUUAACUUUUUUUUCUUCUUUUCUACUUUUAUAAUAUUUACUAGGGAUCGCUACCACUACAGUAGAACCAAACCAUAUUUUUUAUGAUGAGCAGUAUAUGGAACAACUGAGGCUAGAGCCUGUGUAUGUGAUUGACUGGAUGGAGUCAAACUGUGUUCAUCUCCAUUUAACCACUACAACAAGUGGGGCAGUAGAGUAGCCUAGAGGCUGGUCACGCCCCGCACACGGGUUUGAUUCCCCCAUGGGUAGACUCGGUACCAAUAAUGGAGUCCGUGAUAUUGCUGGACUAUUGCUUAAAGCAUCCAACAACCCAGCUCACAAACACUCAUACCACAAUGGUUAUUUAGUGGGG